GCAGGGCUCUGCCGACUCCUACACCAGCCGGCCGUCAGACUCAGAUGUGUCCCUGGAGGAGGACCCAGAGGCGCUGAGGAAGGAGGCAGACCUACAGGCCCUCGCCACCCUCGAGAAAGCCAAGGUCAGAGGUCACCAUGGCCCUUCCCUGUGACCCUGUCCCUCUGUUAUACAGGACCCCAUACAGCCAUACAGAACAGCACAGUCUUUAACCAUUCAUCCUGACCCUAACUAUACACCUGACUAUUCUCGCUAACAGUUGUAGGUACAUGGUUAACACAUAUUAUAACAUUUAUUUCUAUUCAAUUAACAUUCAAUAACAGUCUUUGUGACAUUAUAAACAUUGAGCGACAUGACAAGUUGAGUAAUAUUUCAUCCGGUCUUGUCCGCUCUAUUGCCCUCAUGUCAUUCAUCUUAUCCUCUUUUCACAUUCUUUGUUCUCCUUUUUCUUUUGCUUCCACCUCUCCAGACCAAACCAGUGGCCUUCGCUGUGCGGACGAAUGUGGGCUACAACUCUGGGCCCAACGAUGACGUCCCGGUGCAGGGCAUGGCCAUCUCCUUUGAAGCUAAAGACUUCCUACACAUCAAAGAGGUACCAGAGCUGCCCAAACAACACUGGGCCUUCUUAUUUCUUAUUGUUAGAUCGUUUCUGAAGAUGACUUAGUCCCCAUCCCCUGGAGCUAUGAUUUGACAUUUUAUAAUGACAGGGGGAUAUUGUGAAAUGGCAUUUUGUUGUUCAGUUAUAAUAUGAACAUCCGGUUCUAUAUUUAUGUCUGGUGAUGUGUCGUUAAGCAAGCUAAGAUGGAGGCGGUGGUUGCCUUGGCAACAAUAGCAGGGGCUCUGUGAGCGAGGGAGGAGAAGACUGGUGUGUGUAUUAUUGGGUAGUAUUGACGUCUGUGUCUGUCUGUCUGUCUGUCUGUCUGUGUGCUCUGUGCAGAAGUACAAUAAUGACUGGUGGAUUGGGCGACUGGUGAAGGAGGGCUGUGAGGUGGGGUUCAUCCCCAGCCCAGUCAAACUGGAGAACACCCGGCUACUGCAGGAGCAGAAGAUGAGACAGAACCGCCUCAGCUCCAGGUACUGCUGGUACCCACACCCAUGUACCCUGGCACCCAUCACCCAGUACUUGUAACUUUGAAAUAGUAGCGUUCUAUGAGAGCAUGAAAAUAUCCCUUUUGAUUUGUAUUGUACUUUAGUUUACUUCCUGAAUUGACUGCCUGAAAUUCGAUAUGAGCCCAACCCUGUUAUCCAAUUAGCAUCCACAAUACAGGCACCUAUCAGUACAUGCUCACCAAUCACAUUCCAACCGUUCUACUUACUUACAUUCAAAAUGGGAAAAGUUCAAUUAUUUUCAAUGACUAUUCUUUUUCAGUCUACCUCACUUUUCACCUACCAGUAACCAUCCACUCAUUGUUCUCUCCUCCUCCCUCUUACAGUAAAUCUGGUGGCAGCUCCAGCCUGGACGUUGCCACGGGAACACGCAGGCCCACCCCUCCUGGCACAGGUAAGGUCAGGAGUUGGGGGUCAUCUUCACCACUCGGCUGGCUAGAAGAGACACACACUACAACACUGUGUGUGUGACGACAGAUAUAGCCCUCUGUCGCGGCCUGUCGCUAAUAUUCCAUGUAGAUUUUAAUUGGAUAGUUAGUGAUCCAUGAUGAAUCAGAUAUCUGCAGUGUGGAGUGGAGCGUUUCAGUGGGUGUGCUGCUGCUGGAGUGAGAGAGACAGAGAGAGGGAAAGAGAGGGGUCCUAGCGGGUCUGUCAUUAGCAUGGCUAACAGGACCAGCCUGAAAUAGAGCUGAGGAUAUAGUGCUCCUCUCAUUAAAUCUGAUCACUACGUUUGGCCAGACCAGGGCUGUGACCCAAAUGGCACCCUAUUCCCUACAUAGUGCACUAGGUUUGACCAAAGCCCUAUCAGCCCUGGUCAAAGGUAAUGCACUUUAAAGGGAAUAGGGUCCAAUUUGAGACGCAGCCCAUACCUUAUGUGUUAACACUGAGCUAGUUCAGUUCAGUCAUGCUGCUGGAUAGACAGGACAGUUCACUGCGACUGAGGGAAAUUAAUAGACUGACAUAAAGACAGAAGGAAAGAUUGAUGGUGGAAUUACAGAAAUAUAUACAUGUUUUUAUUAGAUAACAACUGACUGGGAGUGAAUUCAUUGAAUUGAAUAAUUGAAUUGAAGACAGACGGACUAGAUCAGACAAGUAGAUUGACUGUAACUGGCAUUGUUUCCCCAAUGAUGGAUUACCUAGUAAUAAUGAUGUAACGUUAAUACAUGACAGUUAUAGUAUGGUUGUCUUUAUCAACCAUAUUUGUUAUACCUGAACUGAUAUACCAAACCCCUUCUUCCUGCCUGGCUGUGUCGGCUUAAAACACCCCUACCCAUACCCAAAACACAGAGCCCUCACCACCUUAACCAGUCCCAGCAAAACAGCACACCCUCCUCAGGGCAGCUACACAGCUUUUUCUGCCUCCAACUCCUAGCACCUCUUCUUCUCUGCUCUCUCUCUCUCUCUCUCUCUCUCUCUCUCUCUCUCUCUCUCUCUCUCUCUCUCUCUCUCUCUCUCUCUCUCUCUCUCUCUCUCUCUCUCUCUCUCUCUCUCUCUCUCUCUCUCUCUCUCUCUCUCUCUCAUCUCCGCCACUUCUUCUUCAGCAGUAAAUAGCGCUCUCUUCCACCUCCUUUCUCUCCGCAUCUCUCUAUUACUCACUGUUCUGUUUCGAUCGCUGUUUUUCUGACCUGCUCAUACACUAACUUCGUCGUGACCAAAAGCAUUUAUUCUUUACUUAGUCACCUAUUGACUUCUAUCUCUUAAAUGUUUUUUCAGCACUGUUAUUUCUGGUUCAGAACUCUGUCAUUUCUCCCAUUUCUAGAUCUCAGAUCUGAGUCCGUCCUUCUCUCUGCUUUGGAUUGCCUUCUUGUAUUUUAUUGAUUUCUUAUCAUGCCCUUUCUUGUCCUCCUUUUUUCUCUUUCCUCAUUUCUCUGUAUACAUCUCCACUUUUUCUUCCUCUUUCACUAUUGCUCGAUAUUCUUUCUCUCUCUUUCUGUCAUUCCCUGUCCCCUCUCUCUCUCUACCCCGCCCCGCCCGCCCCCCCCAGCUCAUGUGGACAUGUCCACGAUGGCUUUUGACCUUGACCCCCUGGACCUGGAUGCCGAGGAGCCCCCUGAGUCCCAGGGUGACCCUCGCUCCCCCAAGGGCAGCGCAGGCAGCGUCACCUCUCCCCAGGGCCAAAUCCACCGCCUGCCCUUCUUUAAGAAGGUAAAGCCCUCCAGGGGCCCCAGGCACCACGGCCUCUUCUCCUCCUCACCUCCCUUCAACCAAACCCGCCUACUGCACGCAGCUAUGGCCCAGUCCUAGGCUAUAAUAACCUCUGUCUGUCCCCACUAGCCCCUCUCCACCCCCCUCGUCUCUGACUUACUGGCCUAAACUGACCCACUGUUCCGUUCCCGCCGCUAGCUAGCGCCUGUCUGACUCCCUAAUCCCGAUUGGCCCCUCAGUCACUGGUCACCAUGGUAACGCUGCGAUAUGUUUGCCUGUGUGUUUCUGCGCUGGUCAACUGGGGGAGGGGUUGAGCUGAGCUACAGUCUAAAGACGAACUUGAACAUGUUCAUACAUUCACAGAUGCAAAAUCAAUGUAUAAAUAUUCGUUGAUGGUGCAACUGUAAACAAGAAGUUUAAUUAUCGAUCAGACUACAAUGGGUGUGGUCUCCGCUGUACUAUUGAACAGCUCCACUCCCAAUUCCCAACUAACCCUAACCUGUCAAUAACAACACGUCCUCUGUCUUUUUUGCUUUUUGUCUCUUUUUUGUCCUUUUUGCUCUUUCUUCUCGUGGGGUUGUGUGCGGAUUGAUACUGUAGGUGGCCCAGCUAAACAGAAACAGAAGUCGGUGAGUCGGUACCUUCUAUUCUGCCUCCUCCUCUUCCUCUCUGUUGUCUCUCCAUGUUCCUCAGUCUGCUCUCGUGUCAGCUGAUGCUAGAGAGAGUAGGAGGUGACUGGAUUUGAACAUCUCCUCAUUUUUGUCAAGGUUUUCACUUAUUCCCCAAGAGGAUUUCCGUGUUGCAGUUGUCCCCAGGGAUAUUGUGUUCCAAAAUAAUCAAUUAAUAAAUGAUGGAAAAUGAGAAAUUAUAGGGAGGAAUUGUAGGAAGGGAAAUGUUAGUUCUACCGCCAAAUGCAAGCAGGGCUUCCAUUGUCUCUGUCGUCAGAGCUGAUUGGGUAAAUACGGGCUGUCAGUAUGCAGUCAGAGCUGAUUGGGUAAACACAGGCUGUUAGUAUGCAGGAGCAGGAGCAGGCGUGUCACGGCCCCUGUCCCACACACAGUUCUGGUGAACGCUAAUGCUGCCUGAUGUGUUUUCAUUCCCAUUCUGGACGGCUGCUUUGAGUGACAGCCAGUAACCGAUCCUCAGCCCACCUCGCUGUCCCUCGCUAUCUCAGAGCUGUCAACACAGCUUUGAUCCCAUAGAUACAGGAGACUGUAGAGACAGAGGCACGCUUUGUCCUCCAAUAGCACAAACACUUUCUAUAGAUUACGUGAAAGUAAAUGUUUUUCUGAAAACAAGAGAUUAAUGGUGAUACACAGUACACUUCACCCAGCACUGCCCCUCUAGAGAUGAGCACCAUUUGGAAAAGUUCUUAACAGUGUAUUUUUUUAGAUGUAGUGAAUCGGAAUGAGGUGAACUGGUUGUGGAGGUGUGGCUUUAUGUAACGUAAUGUACCUUAGUGGAGGAGAGCUCUCCAAGCCUCUCUGCUACUGCUCUCGGUGCACUAAAGUGCUGCCUGGAAUACAGAGGAGAAGGCGUGCUGAGAAUACAGAGAGCUGACACCAAAUACACACAAGCACCCUACAGGUGUAGGAUCUUAAUUUGAUCACUUUUUGUUGGUGAGAAUUUUCCUGCAGGAAAUGCAAAUGAGCUUCGUGAUUAACAUAACUUCACUGAAAACCCACACUAACACACCGUUAUAUUAACAGUAUUGCCCUUUUCAUGUACACUACUUCCGAUCAAGCAACAUUAUGGACUAAACGUUCAAAACCUGUUGCUGCAGGAUUAUUUUGGUGUGACAAUAUAGGUCAAAUGAAGAUCCUACAUCUGUAUUCUCCUGAUGCCUGCCUAUCUGUUAGUGGAUAGACCAUGGGACCUGUUCUCCAGUUAGUGUUCUCCCCUCACCUGUCACUCCAAAACAGGACACUUUCUGUAACAGAACAGAUGCUUAUAGAUGCAGUGUUGGGCAGAUGAGUCAUGCUCCUCAUGAUUCAUAUUGAUGGUGUGUUAAUGUAUGCAUUUGUUUUACUUGUCAGAAUAUUGAUUGACAGUGUGUGGGUGUUUUGCGUAAGAGUGCAUGCAUCUGUGUAUGUUUCCAUUUUCAAUGUGAUAUGAGUGUUUUAAGUAAGUUUCUGAAAUACAUUCUCUGUAUGUUGGUUCAAAAUGAGGGGUAUCUUCUUGUAGGUUUGGUGUGUGCUGGUUGUCCGUUUUCUGGGCCUAAAAACCCAUUUGGCUUGGUGUCUAUCUGGCGUCUUUCUAUAAAGCAAGAGGAGUCUACCACACACAGAUACAUACUAAGAGAGAGUAGGAGAGAGAGAGGAGGGGAAUUGACAAAGUUAUCUUUGACUGGAACCACAGUCACAUAAGCCUUUGGCUGCACGAAAGCACCUGAGAUUUUUUUAAUAUAUCAAUAAUGGCCCCUACCACUCUCCAUAGCUCAUUCUGAUCCAGUUGAAUUAUGGUUGAUUUCAUUUGCUAUGACUGGCAGAGCAGACUGAGAAAUGGAAAUUAGUGCUUUCUGUGAAAACAUGUGCGCUUGGUUUUGGAGCUUUUAUCCUCUCCAAGAUAAUAAAUGGCCUCUGUCUGAAAUGCAUUAUAUAUCAUUCUGACUGUAGUCCACUGUACAGAGAGAGGGAGAGUUGGUGUUGACAUAAUGUUGAUUUAUGUGUGUGUGUUUCUGUGGCAGUAGAUUGUGUAGCUCCGUACAUGUGCGUACAAAGUGGCUGUAGAUUGUGCGUCUCAAAGUAUGUGUGAGCUCUGUUCGUGUGUGUAUGUCUGUGUUCAGACACAGUGGUUAUAGUGUCUCACCCCACUCUUGGUGCUCUCCUCCCUGGCUUAGAUGGAGCAUGUUCCCCCUUACGACGUGGUCCCCUCCAUGAGACCCAUCAUUCUAGUGGGGCCGUCACUCAAGGGCUACGAGGUAAGGCUACUGUAUGUCUCAAUCUCCCCAUUAAACAAUUAACAACUUUCUUUAUGGUUUAUUAUAUCUGUCAUAUUCCAUACCUCAGUUCGUCUUCUCCUCAUCUCCCACCAGGUGACUGACAUGAUGCAAAAGGCUCUCUUUGACUUUCUCAAGCACAAGUUUGAGGGCAGGUGAGUUUCAGGCCAGCCAGAGAACAUGACUGAAAUAUUUCCCAUAUUUAGUAUAGGUUGAAAAUAUCUUCAACUUAGUAUUUAGUUAACCUGCUUUUAGACGUUUCCAGUUCUCAGCCCUGAUUGGUUGAUAAUGUUUCUUCCAGGAUAUCCAUCACUCGGGUGACAGCAGACAUCUCCCUGGCCAAGCGCUCGGUCCUCAACAACCCCAGUAAACACACCAUCAUCGAGCGCUCCAGCACCCGCUCCAGCCUGGGUAAGACAGGGCAAGACACCUUUGUGCCUUUCUUGUACCUAAAACAAAACCAUUGAUCACAAUAAGCGCCAGGACUGGCUCUGUGCCUUUCCAACACACUCCCACGUGAUACAUUUCAAAAAGCUUUGUUAGUUAAUGUUUCUUAUCAUCCAUUGGGCUAUUGUGUUGUUACCUUUCACUAUCUGUGUUUUCAUAUAUCAACCUUAGCUUGUGUAUGUGUUUGAUCCUGCUGAUGACCUGCCUGACUCUAAAUGAAAUACCAGUUUGUACAUUUACAUUUGACAUUUUAGUCAUUUAGCGGACGCUCUUAUCCAGAGCGACUUAGAGUUAGUGAGUGUAUACAUUAUUAUUAUUAUUUUAAUUUUAUUUUUUCAUACUGGCCCCCCGUGGGAAACGAACCCACAACCCUGGCGUUGCAAGCGCCAUGCUCUACCAACUGAGCUACACAUGGACAAUGACUGGUGUUUACCUGUCUCCGAGUACUGGGAGAAAGAUAUUUAAAAGUAUUGUUUCUGUUGGUAAUAGCUACCUGUUCACAAAAGGUCAGGAAAUAUUGGUUGAUUGGAUGUUAGCAUCUAUUGACGACAUACAGUAGGGAGCCUCAUAGUCGCCCAUUCAACCAUUGACCUACAGUGAGGGAAAAAAGUAUUUGAUCCCCUGCUGAUUUUGUACGUUUGUCCACUGACAAAGAAAUGAUCAGUCUAUAAUUUUAAUGGUAGGUUUAUUUGAACAGUGAGAGACAGAAUAACAACAACAAAAUCCAGAAAAAACGCAUGUCAAAAAUGUUAUAAAUUGAAUUUGCAUUUUAAUGAGGGAAAUAAGUAUUUGACCCCCUCUCAAUCAGAAAGGUUUCUGGCUCCCAGGUGUCUUUUAUACAGGUAACGAGCUGAGAUUAGGAGCACACUCUUAAAGGGAGUGCUCCUAAUCUCAGUUUGUUACCUGUAUAAAAGACACCUGUCCACCGAAGCAAUCAAUCAGAUUCCAAACUCUCCACCAUGGCCAAGACCAAAGAGCUCUCCAAGGAUGUCAGGAACAAGAUUGUAGACCUACACAAGGCUGGAAUGGGCUACAAGACCAUCGCCAAGCAGAUUGGUGAGAAGGUGACAACAGUUGGUGCGAUUAUUCGCAAAUGGAAGAAACACAAAAUAACUGUCAAUCUCCCUCGGCCUGGGGCUCCAUGCAAGUGCUCACCUCAUGGAGUUGCAAUGAUCAUGAUAAUGGUGAGGAAUCAGCCCAGAACUACAUGGGAGGAUCUUGUCAAUGAUCUCAAGGCAGCUGGGACCAUAGUCACCAAGAAAACAAUUGGUAACACACUACGCCGUGAAGGACUGAAAUCCUGCAGCGCCCGCAAUGUCCCCCUGCUCAAGAAAGCACAUAUACAGGGCCAUCUGAAGUUUGCCAAUGAACAUCUGAAUGAUUCAGAGGAGAACUGGGUGAAAGUGUUGUGGUCAGAUGAGACCAAAAUCGAGCUCUUUGGCAUCAACUCAACUUGCCGUGUUUGGAGGAGGAGGAAUGCUGCCUAUGACCCCAAGAACACCAUCCCCACCGUCAAACAUGGAGGUGGAAACAUUAUGCUUUGGGGGUGUUUUUCUGCUAAGGGGACAGGACAUCUUCACCGCAAAGGGAUGAUGGACAGGGCCAUGUACCGUCAAAUCUUGGGUGAGAACCUCCUUCCCUCAGCCAGGGCAUUGAAAAUGGGUUGUGGAUGGGUAUUCCAGCAUGACAAUGACCCAAAACACACGGCUAAGGCAACAAAGGAGUGGCUCAAGAAGAAGCACAUUAAGGUCCUGGAGUGGCCUAGCCAGUCUCCAGACCUUAAUCCCAUAGAAAAUCUGUGGAGGGAGCUGAAGGUUCGAGUUGCCAAACGUCAGCCUUGAAACCUUAAUGACUUGGAGAAUAUCUGCAAAGAGGAGUGGAACAAAAUCCCUCCUGAGAUGUGUGCAAACCUGGUGGCCAACUACAAGAAACGUCUGACCUCUGUGAUUGCCAACAAGGGUUUUGCCACCAAGUACUAAGUCAUGUUUUGCAGAGGGGUCAAAUACUUAUUUCCCUCAUUAAAAUGCAAAUCAAUUCAUAACAUUUUUGACAUGCGUUUUUCUGGAUUUUGUUGUUGCUAUUCUGUCUCUCACUCUUCAAAUAAACCUACCAUUAAAAUUAUAGACUGAUCAUGUCUUUGUUAAUGGGCAAACGUACAAAAUCAGCAGGGGAUCAAAUACUUUUUUCCCUCACUGUAAUUGGUUUAAACAAAUGUUUUUAUUUAGAAGGUCAUCAAUCCACUCCAUUUGGGAUAGAUAGUCUUCAAUAUCAGUGAGUAGGGCUAAGCACAGAACAACAAGGCCCCUCUAGAGGAGAGGCUAGCUGAGCAGAGAGGGGCGGUGUAGCCUGUCCACAGGAACCUGAAAGGGUUGUCAGCCUUCUACCUUUAUUACUCACUGUCUGAGUCUGAUCUGGCCUCUUCUCUUUCUCCAUCCUGUCUUUUCCUACCCUCCACCCACCCGUCCCUCUCUUCCACCACUCUCCUUCCCUCCACUCUCUCUACGUCUCUCAGACGUACUGGGUACGUAUGCUCUCAACCCCACGAGGAAAACAACCAAGAGCUUUUUCUCUGUUCUCCUCCCCUGUCUGUCUCUCACUACUCUCCUCACACACUCAUACCUCAUGCGUCUGCCUGUCUGUCUGUCCUUUUCUCUGUUCCUCACACAGGUUUGUGAGAGCCUGUUGCUUGCAGUAAUAAAACAACUUGAACUAAGGCUUGGAAAGAGUACACUAAUUACACAGCAGUAUGAGUGCUGGGUGGCUCUGGUGGCUCUAGGCUACUCAGCUGAGCGUCUGCCUGCUGUCUGUCUGUCUGUCUGUCUGUCUGUCUGUCUGUCUGUCUGUCUGUCUGUGGUUCAGGGGAAAUGUGAUAGGGGGCCUGGGGGGCCAACUGUGGUCAGGGAUGAGCGUACAGGGGAAGCUGAUACUCCCCCUCCAUCCCCCAUUGCCUACCACCCUGUGACCCAGAAUCAGGGACCCUACUGUAAAGCAACAUGUAAUAACACUUUACCUACAAGGAGCCUGAAACUCAAACACAAUUUGAUUGUGUUAUGACCAUAGACGUUCAUAUAUUAAUGUGUUUAUAUACCGUACAUCAUUGGUUACUACCAAUCUGAUACAGGGAACACAUUCUUCACAUAGAUGCAGUGUAUAUUGGGGACAUUUGCAGGUUAAUAAAAGCUAGGACAGUUUGUUAGGUUUUCAUAAUUUUAGGUGAAGUUCAUUUCUCUUAUCUCUCUGUGGAGCCUCUGGUCCCUGAGUCGCUUCCUUCCGCCUGCAGGUUUAAUUCCCUUUCUACCUCAGCCCUUCAGAGGGAAACUGUCUGCAGCCCGCAGCCCCUCUGCAGAUUACCUGUCCCCUGUUAUGCCCCCCCACCCCCAAACAUGUCCACACAUCUGAGCGUAUGAUAAAGGGGACAACCAAGCUGUUAAAACCAUACAGGCUCUUCUAGGGUUUUGCUGAAGGAGAAUGAGAGUCUACAAAGCCGAAACAUCCAAACAGACUAAUACGUUUGCAAUGUCUGAUAGCUCUAACAGCGAAUGUUAUUACACUUCAUCAGUUUCAGAUUAUUUUAUUAAUUGACAUGUUCAGAAGAGUAUAUCAAGUGCCACCACAGGCAUCUCAUUCUUAUAAGCCUCCUUCCUUCCCGAGUUUGAGUCGAUAUAAAAACGUAUGUUAGAGAUCAUAUUUACCAGUGCAAAACAUCAGUUACUACUCGUUGGAAUGUGGCAACAGAAUGAGAAUGUCUCAAUGUUCCAUUUAGCCAUGUGUAAAUGGAACGUCUAAUGCGAUGGGUUCUGUUUCACAUGCACAGAACCUUUUGCCAAAAUGUUGACAUGCAUGAUACAGUAUUAACAUUCCACAUUUGCAUGUGUGUAUCCUGUUAUUUUGUAAUGGUAAGUGUGUGAAAUAUGAGUUAGCAAAGUGGCAAUAGUCACACUGAUCUCAUGUAUACUCCAGAAGGGACUUAAUUGUGGACAGAAUUGAGAUUUGACAACCAAUUCAAUUUGUAUACUGUAUGUGUAUUCAGACACCUACAAUACCCCGUUACUUAUUGCAUUCCCAUGUUGUUCUCUGCCACAUAGCGGAGGUGCAGAGUGAGAUUGAGCGUAUCUUUGAGCUGGCCCGCACCCUGCAGCUGGUUGCCCUAGACGCAGACACCAUCAACCACCCCUCUCAGCUGGCCAAGACUUCCCUGGCUCCCAUCAUCGUCUACAUCAAAAUAGCCUCACCUAAGGUACCCUCUGAGAUGAAUUACUUUGUGAUAGAUUGACUUCCUCCAUCACAUCUACUGAAAUGGCAUGUACAUGACUGAAAUGUCUAUAAUGUGACCAGCAGUGACAGCAAUGUGUUGUUGCCUGUCUCCCUUCAGGUCCUCCAGAGGCUCAUUAAAUCCCGGGGGAAGUCCCAGGCCAAACACCUGAACGUGCAGAUGGUGGCAGCAGACAAACUGGCCCAGUGCCCCCCUGUGAGUGUCUGUCUGUGACCCUGGAUUCUGUGGCCGAAACAAAUGAAUUCACAAUGACCAGUCUGAACAAUGGCAUUGGCUUAACAUGGAAAUGAUGCCCUUUUAGGUAGUUGGCUGAAUCUCAGAAGUUGAAAGGUGAGACACUAACAUAAUGUCCCUCCAUGUUGUAUGUAGGAGCUGUUUGACAUCAUCCUGGAUGAGAACCAGCUGGAGGACGCCUGUGAGCACCUGGCUGACUACCUGGAGGCAUACUGGAAGGCCACGCACCCCCCCAGCAGCAACCCCCCGAACCCCCUGCUCAACCGCACCAUGGCCACGGCCGCCCUGGCCGCCUCCCCAGAGCCCGUCUCCAACCUGCAGGUACAGGUGCUCACCUCCCUGCGCCGCAACCUGGAGUUCUGGCCCGGCCUGGAGGGCCCCGGGGCCGAGGAUGGGAAGGUGGCCGAGCACGCCCUCUAA